AAGACAACAUCGGCUCGCAACGUAAGCCCUCUGAGACACCACGGAGCUGUCCCAACGCAAUCGUAUCCACGCCCUCCACUCCGACGGAAGCCCCCCCUGAGUUCCGCCGGUUGUGCUCGGGCGACAGGCGCCUCGAGGCUUCGGCAAGCCCUUGUGCUCCGGUUCGCGACACUCCUGGCAAGCCCUGGCAUUCAUUCUCUGCACUUACUACCCAACCGGCUCCCUCUCCCCGGCUCCCCCGCGGCACCGGGCCCACAGGAGGCGGCCCUCUGGGCGUCGCGGAGGUUCUUCCCCCUCUCCCGCCCUCGCCCUGAAACACCGAGGGCCGCCUCGCCGAACGCGACGCCCAAGAGGAAGGAGGCGCAGCGGGCUGACGCGCCAAGGCCCCCCCCGGAGGGACCCGGAAGCUGUUCUCCCUCAGCCCGGAAGUUGCCUUUCUCCCCCGCCUCUCGCUCUCUUUCUGCAGCCAUCUUGCGACCUGCUCGCCGUGGACAAAAUGCCUGGUGAAGCCACAGAAACUGUCCCAGCAACAGAACAGGAACUGCCACAGCCUCAGGCUGAGACAGUAACUCACGUUCCUGGGGGCCCCCUGGAAGCGAUGCUGACAACUGAAGCGUCCAGCCCAGUUGCCACCAAGAAUCCUGAGGUGGCAGGCAAGGGUACUCAGGCUGAGACUACUCUAGAGCCUUCAGCUCCUGUCAUUCCUCCCCCCUUUGCUGGCGUUCCCGAAGCGCCUGCAGCUUGCUUUCCUGAGCCUCCCAUUCAAGCACCAGCUGCUGUUUCAAGCUCUUCUGUUUCUAGAGCUGCUCAUCCUUCCUCUUCAUCCCAUGAUGCUAACUGCCCUCCUGCUGGACUUGGCCCUUUCAGUACUCCACCGGCACCUGCUGGCUUCACAGCACCUUCUGGCCAGCCUUUCUCCCUCCUGGCUGCCCCGUCUGUUCCCUCAAUGCCUGUUGGGAAUAUUACGAGUGCUGUCUUGCCUUCUGCUUUUCCAGCUGGGGCAGUUCAGACUCCUCCUCCUCCCUUGAAACCCUCAAAUUUGGCUGCUUCUGCACAAAUAGCUAGUCCCUCAUCUCCAAGCAUACCUCCUCCAGCCCCAGUAUUUUCCCCUGAGUCUCUCUGUGCCCCUUCUCUGUCUUCCCCUGUCACAACAAUGCCCGCUGUUCCUUCAGUCUCAGUUUCUCAGAUCCCACCCCCAGCCCCAGCUCCUUUCAUUCUCCCUGUAGCUCCUGUUUCUCCUUCUUUGACUCCAACUCCCACUGUUCCUCCUGUUGCUUCAAGCCCCAUUUCUACUUCUGUUGACCUUCCCAUCAGCCCCACAGUCCCUCCCAGCUCCCAUCUUCCAGUUUCUGCUCCUGUGGCCCCAUCAUCUGUUUCCUCCCCUGUUCCUUCAGUGUGUGCAUUUGCUCCCUGCCCAUCCCCACCGCCUCCUUUUCCUACCCCUACAGCCCCUUCUUCACUCCCUGCUCCUCCUGGCCUAGGGGCUCCCAUUUCACCUUCUGUGUCCUCUCCCCACAUUGCUAAACCUCAUGAUGUGGUGCAGCCGGUAUCUCCUCUCAGCCCUAUGGCCUUUCCAGUGCUUGCAUCUAAUCCCAUUGCCCCUCUGAGCUCUACUUGCCAGCCCAUGACUCCUCCUUUGGCAUCUAUUUCUAGACCUACAGUACCCACAUAUUCCUCUGUAGCAUCUGCCGGCCUUCCUGGGGCUUCUCGGUCUCCAUCACUCCCUGCUCCUAGAGCAUUCAUACCUUCAGGACCUUCUGUGAAGUCUGCUUUUGGCCCUAGGGCCUCAGUAGGGCCAUCUGGAACCCCACUGGUACCUGCUGGGCUAUCUCCAAAACUUGUUCCUGGCCCUCCUCUGGCCCCCACAGGGUCUGCGUCUAGUCUCAUGGCCCCUACUGGAUCGCCUUCUGGUCUUGUAAUGCCUCCUCUGGCCCCAACAACCAUUGGUUCUCCUUCCGUGGCACCUGCUGAGCCACCUGUAAAACCUGCUUCGGGGCCUGCAGAGUAUGAGUCUACUCCUAUAGGUCUGACUCAGGCAAAGCCUGUGGCCAUUUCUGGGCCCACAUCACCUUCUCUGACCCCUGCAGGACCUGCUGCUGGUCCUAUAUGCCCUUCCGUACUUGCUUCAGCACCGGUGCCACCUGUUUCUAGCCCUGCAGCUCCUCCUCUGGUUCAAGCAAGCCUCUCUUCUGCUCCUGUGGUGCCUCCUGAGCUGCCUGUAAAAUCUACUUCUGGACUUACAACUCCUCCAGUGGCCUGCGCGGGGCCUGUUCCCAUAGCCCUUCCAGUGCCUGCUUCUAGUCUUGUAGCUCCUCCUCUGGCUCAAGCAAGGCCCACUUCUGGUCCUAUGGCUCCUGCUGGGCCACCUAUAAAACCUACUUCUGGGCCUGUGCCACCAUCUGUGACCCCUGCAAUACCUAGUCUAACACCAGUCUUACCUGUUUCUGGCCCUGCACCUCCUCCUCUGGCUCAGCCAAGCCCCUCUUCGGCUCCUGUGGCACCUCCUGAGCCACCUGUAAAACCGGCUUCUUGCCCUGUUAUUCCUCCUCUUGUCCCAGCAGGGCUUGUUUCUAAUCCUGCAGCUGCUGCAGGGCCUGCCCCUACACCUUUGGCAGGGGCAGGACUCCCUACAAAGCCCCCUUCCCCUUCAGACUCUGUUUCUGGCCCUGGAGCUCUUCCUGUGGGCGAAAAAGGCAUGAUUUCUGGUUUGGUGGCAUCUAGAGAAGCAAAGCCUGCCACUGGCUCUGUGACCCCAGCAAGGCCUGAUUCUAAGCCAGAGGUAGCUGCAGGGCCUGCUGGUAAUGUAGCUUGCCCUUCAGAGGCUACCUCUGGCUCUCUAGCCCAAGCAAGGGCUGCCCCUGCAGGGCCACCUUCAAAAUCUGUUUCUGGUCCUGUAACUCCUCCAGUAGCCCCAGUUCUUAAUCUUGUGGCACCUGUUUCAAAGUCUGUGACUCCUGCUUUGGCCCCCAUUUCUGGGGAUGUGGCCCAAGAACUACCAGCUCCUCAACCAUUGGCAGCUGGAGGGCUUCCUAUAAAACCCACCCCUUCAGCAGCUGCAUCUGGCCCUGAGCCCUCACCAGGGCCUCUUUUGCCACCUAUUUCUGGCCCUGUGCCAGUAACUCUGGUAGGGUCUCCUCCAACACCACUGGCACCAGCAGUGACACCUGUUUCUCCUUCAGGGCCUAUACAUGCUUCUGCAGCCCCAGCAGAACAUGCUUCUAGUUCUGUGACACAUGGUGCCCAACCUUUCGUUCCUGCCACUAGCACUGUAGCCCCUUCUGUAGCCCCAGCAGUGCCUGCAGCUAAGCCAGUGGCACCAGGAGUGCCCCCUGUGACAUCUCCUGCCUCCUCCACAGCUUCUCUUCCUUUAGUUAGUCCUCCAGGGCCUCUCCCAGCAGCAGCUAUUCCUCAGGACCCAGCAGGACAGGCACUUGCCACACCACCCACGAAACCUGCUUCUCCUGUGGCAUCUCCUUCUGACCAGGUGUCCCUAGUGGAGCCUGGUUCUAGUCUUGUAACUACCCUAGUGCAGCCAUCUGCAAAUCUUCCUGUGGCUCCAGAAGGAAUUACUUUUGGGUCAGUGGCACCCACAGCACCACCUGAGAAGCCUGCUUCUCCUUCAGUACCAAUUUCUGGCCCUGUAGCAUCUCAGACUGUGACACCUCCUUCGGCACCUCCUUCAGGGCCUCUAGCACCACCGGUGGGCCCAACAAGCCUUGCUUCUAGUCCUAUGGCUCAUUCCCCUGGCCUUGUAACUUCUCCUAUGGUCCCAGCACCCCCUGCUUCAAAUCCUUUGACACCUGUUCAGCCUGUGCUCUCUUCUGUGCCUGCCACUGUACCCCUUGCUGUCUCUGCUUCGGUGACCCCUGCUGCUUCUCUUUCUAAGCCUCUAGUGGCUUCUGCUUCUGGCCCAGUAGCUUCUCUGGUAUCAUCUGUCACCCCUUCUUCUGGCACUCCCUCUGUCACCUCUCCGUCAGCUUCUCCUGUGUCCUCCGUAGCACCAUCUCCUGCUACUUCAGUGGCUCCCAGCCCAGUCUCUGCUCCCAAAUCAUCACUUGCCCUUGGUGACUCUGCUCCCUUAGCCCUGGGAGUGUCCCAGGUUUCUGCCACCCCUGCUGGAGAGAUAGUAACUCCACAAAAACAUCUGGCCUCUGCUGAUCUCUCUCUUUCUGGCCCAGUUACAGGCACACUCACUCAACCUGCUUCUGCUGCGCUGCCUCCUGCAUCCCCUGUGAAAAAACUAACUCCCUCCUCUGUGCCUCCUAAGUCAUUGCCUGUUUCAUCUUCAUCUGAUGUACCAUCAGAAGUACCCUCCCAACCCCCCAUCCCCUUCUCCACUGUCUUUGAAGACGACGAGCUACCACCUUUGAUCCCUCCAGAGGUGCCUGCUGGGGAGCCACCUCUGCAGCCAGUCCUGGUGGAUUUCUCUCCUAAACCAGCGGUGGCUCUGGCUGAGGUCCCAGCAACUUCUCCUCUUCUUCUUCCUCCUCCUCCUCCUGCCAAACAGCCUGUCCUGAAGAAUGACAAGGGGUCUGGAACAGAAUCAGACAGCGAUGAAUCGGUGCCAGAACUUGAAGAACAAGACUCCACACAGGCCACAACACAGCAGGCACAGCUUGCAGCUGCAGCUGAAAUAGAUGAAGAACCAGUUAGCAAAGCAAAACAGAGCCGGAGUGAAAAGAAAGCACGGAAGGCAAUGUCCAAGCUUGGCCUUCGUCAGGUCACAGGUGUAACCAGAGUUACUAUCCGGAAGUCCAAGAAUAUCCUCUUUGUCAUCACUAAGCCAGAUGUAUAUAAAAGUCCUGCAUCAGAUACUUAUAUAGUCUUUGGUGAAGCAAAGAUUGAAGAUUUGUCACAGCAAGCACAGCUGGCUGCUGCAGAGAAAUUUAAAGUACAAGGAGAAGCUGUUUCAAACAUUCAAGAAAACACACAGACGCCUACUGUACAAGAAGAAAGUGAAGAGGAGGAGGUUGACGAGACUGGUGUUGAGGUGAAAGACAUUGAGUUAGUGAUGUCGCAAGCGAACGUUUCCCGGGCAAAAGCCGUCCGUGCUCUGAAGAAUAACAGUAAUGAUAUUGUAAACGCUAUUAUGGAAUUGACGAUGUAGCCACCCAGAAAGGGGAACUUUUUGGUGUUACAGAGGAGAGCAAAUUGCAGCUGGCGUUAAAAUUUGUACUAUUUCUAUCAGUUAAUAAAAGUUGUGGUUUAAAGGGUU